AUGUUAAAACACUACUUUGUUACACCACUUCUUUGCAUUGUGGUUGACAGCUUUCUCCCGUACUUCCCCUUCCCCACCAUCCCUUCAAAAAUCCUCACACGCUUCAUAAAGAAAUAUAUUUGUUCUAAUUCAAAGAACCCUGAUCGUCACCCCACAACCACCAUUAACGUCGUCGGUCUGGCGAAUGCAGGCAUCGGAAGUCAUCAGAGCGGGAAACUAAGCCCAAGGGCCAUAAAAGAAGCAGCUGACAGGACGGUGGUUGAAAUAGAGCUCCCAAGACAGCAAGCCAAAGGUUGCCUGAAUACAACAUUGAAAAUGACUUAUUUCCGAGAUGGAUUUAUGAAAUAUGUUGAAAAAAGGGUAUUUUCAUAUUGGGGAUUUGUAGCUUCAGGGUCACACAAAAGAUAUGGUGGAAACCAUGGGUCUUUAAAUCGGAGAUAA